ACGGAUCCACCACUCCUCCGCCCGCAACAAAAUAAAAGAAAAGAUGACCGUCUCUCGCUGCCCCAUCCUUCUGCUCCCGCUCCUCUUCCUCUGCACCCUCCCGCCGCUCGCCUCCGCCUGCGACCGCUGCGUGCACCGCACCAGAGCCGCCUACUACGCCUCCUCUCUCACCCUCGCCGCCGGCUCCUGCCGGUACGGCGCGGCGGCCGCGUCCCUCAACGGCGACCUGCUCGCCGGGGCGGGCCCGGCCCUGUACAGACAAGGCGUCGGCUGCGGCGCGUGCUUCCAGGUGCGCUGCAAGGACGAGGAGCUCUGCGCUACCGCCGGCGUGAAGGUCGUCGUCACCGACCGCGCCAGCACCAAGACGAACGACACCGACCUCGUGCUGAGCAGCCCGGCGUUCGCCGCCAUGGCCCGCCCCGGCAUGGCUGGGCGGCUCUCCAAGCUCGGCGCCGUCGACGUCGAGUACAAGAGGGUGCCGUGCGUGUACGAGGGCAAGAACCUCUCGGUGCGGGUGGAGGAUCGGAGCCGCGCGCCCGGCGAGCUGGCCAUCACGAUCCUCUACCAGGGCGGACAGACCGACAUCGUCCAAGUCGACCUCGCGCAGGUCGGUUCAUCGUCGAGCUGGACAUCCCUGACACGCGACCACGGGUCGGCGUGGAGCACGAGCCUGGCGCCGCCGGGGCCGCUGCAGCUCAGGGCGGUGGUGACCGGCGGGUACGACGGGAAGUGGGUCUCGACCGAUCGGGAGGUCCUGCCGCGCCAGUGGCGCGCCGGCGAGGUCUACGACACCGGCGUCCAGAUCACCGACAUCGCCCAAGAAGACUGCUUCCCCUGCGACACGCAGGAGUGGAAGUGAAGGGUGACGGUGGACAAACGUGCAUGAGCUGCAGCUGAGGUGUGAGACACUACUAUGUAUCAACAUAAAAUGAUAAUAAGUAGAUGACGACGGCGAGGCCGUGGCCUGAACCGCCAGACGUAUAAAAUACAACAAAAUCCGGUGACCUUGUUGCUUA